AUUUAUGGUGUCAUGCCUUAUGUAGCUCCUGAAGUAUUAAGAGGAAAAUCUCAUAUUCAACAAUCAGAUAUUUAUAGUUUUGGUAUGAUUAUGUAUUUUAUAGCAACUGGAAGACAACCUUUUGCCAAUCGUGCUCAUGAUCAUAACUUGGCGUUAGAUAUAUGUAAAGGAGUUAGACCUGAAUCAAAUGAACCAGAAAUACCAAAAUGUUAUAUUGAUUUAAUGAAAAAAUGUUGGAUUUCAAAUCCAAUGAAAAGACCAAAUGUUACCGAAAUAGAAGAAUUGAUUAGAUUAUUUUAUAAUUCUUAUAAAACAAAAUCAGAUGAUGAUGAAAUUGAUAAUGAAAUUGAAGAUCAAUUCACUGAAGCUGAAACUUAUCGAAAAUCGAAUAAAUUUAUUCAAUCAAAUAUUCAUCAUCAAGCUAUUUAUAUGUCUAGAUUAUUAAAUUCUCACGUAAAAGAUCUCAAUAAACAUUUAAAUGAUGAAUAAUUAAACUUGAAAGGUUUAUAUAGAAUAGAGUAGAAAAAUA